AAUCCAUGUAUAAUGAAAAAAAGGGGGGGAAGACACAAUCCAUGUAUAAUACCAUUUGCCAAAUCUUUUAUCCUAAUUUUACCGAGAAAGUCAUUUUUCUCAUUCUAUACAACGUACAUAAUUUUUUUUUUAAUAUGAUAAAAUAAUAUUUCAAGUAUUACAAUUAUCCUUUAUUUUCUUACCUCUUCCUAGGAUGUUGAGAAUAGGUUUGGAUCGAUAUUGACAAAGCAUUCUACUAUUGAAUUAAGUGGCUAUGUUUGAAAUCCGAGUUGAUAAAUAGAAACUUACGGAUAAAAAUGGGCUUAUGCAUAUUAUUGAGGAAAAACAUGUCUAGCUCUCACAUUACCGUUCUUAGAGUCUAAGCUUCUCAUCUCCCUUUUGAUUAUUAUCUUUGGUAGUUCUCUUUAUUUUACUAGUCCAUUAUUGUUCUGUAAUUUCUUUGUUAGCUUCAUUUUGUGAUUGAAAAUUUGGGUUUACUGAUUAUAAUAACUGAGUGUUCUAUUGUGAAAUUGCAGUUAUUAAGUAGGAGCUAUAUCGUUUUGCUUCCCCAAUCACUUAAACUAACAAUUUUAAAAUUAAAAGUGAAAUGUGCUUUAUCAUCCAAGUAAUUCUCUUUUAUCUUAUUAGAAUUUUACCAAAUUUAAUAUACAAACAUAUUUAAUGAACUUUUUUAUAUAUAAAUAUACUUUAGCCAAAAGCUACUGAAUUUAAAUGAACCCAUAUCUGGACUUCUACUACCGCCCCUGAAGUCCCCACCUAUCCUUCAAAGGCAAUAUAUACACAUACAUAACUCAUUAUAUUCCUUAGGGAAAACAAAGUAAUGGAGGUUUCUUAUUACUACUACCUAUUAGUUUCACUUUUUAUUGCAAUAACUUUAGUUAUAUAUGCAUGGAAGUUGUUGAAUUGGGCAUGGUUUAAGCCAAGGAAAUUAGACAAGUGCCUCAGACAACAAGGUCUUAAAGGAAACUCUUACAAAUUAAUAUUUGGAGACCUCAAAGAGUUGUCCAAAAGCGUUGAAAAUGCUAAGUCCAAACCAUUGAAUGUCUCUGAUGAUGACAUAUCUCCUAAAGUUCUCCCUUAUUUUAUUGAAACAAUCAAGAAAUAUGGUAAAAACUGUUUUAUAUGGGCUGGACCAAAGCCUAUGGUAUGUGUAAGGGAGCCUGAGGCAAUAAAGGAAGUGUUAACAAAAUAUAGCGUCUAUCAAAAGGUAGAAUUAACUCCCCCAACCAAGUUACUGGCACAUGGAAUUAUAAGCUACAAUGAGGAUAAAUGGGCAAAGCACAGAAAAAUCCUCAAUCCUGCUUUCCAUAUGGAGAAGUUAAAGAAUAUGCUUCCUGUAUUUCAUUUGAGCUGCAGUGAGAUGGUGAGCCAAUGGAAGGAGGCUGUCACAGCGAAAGGAUCGUGUGAACUCGAUAUAUGGCCUUACCUUGAGAGAUUGACUAGCAAUGUAAUUUCUCGCACAGCCUUUGGAAGCAACUAUGAAGAAGGUCGAAAGAUAUUUGAGCUUCAAAAAGAACAAGCUGAGCAUGUCACUGAAGUUUCUCGCACCUUAUAUAUUCCAGGAUGGAGGUUUCUGCCCACUAAGAGAAACAGAAGGAUGAAAGAGAUUGAGAAAGAAGUUCAAGCAAUGAUAAGGGGAAUCAUCGAUAAAAGAGUGAAGGCAAUGAAAGCAGGGGAGGCCAAUGCCGACGACUUAUUAGGCAUAUUGUUGGAAUCCAACUUUAAAGAAAUUGAACAACAUGGUAACAACGAUUUUGGCAUGACUAAGCGAGAUGUCAUCGAGGAGUGUAAAGUGUUCUAUAUUGCUGGGCAAGAGACCACCUCUGUAUUGCUUGUAUGGACUAUAAUUUUGUUGAGCAGGCAUCCAGACUGGCAAGCUCGCGCUAGAGAAGAGGUUUUGCAAGUCUUUGGUGAUGGCACGCUCAAAUUUGAUGGAUUAAACCGCUUAAAAAUGGUGACAAUGAUUUUGCACGAGUCGUUAAGGCUAUAUCCACCUGCUGAAGCACUUACACGAAGGGUUACAACUAAAACCAAGCUAGGGGAACUAAUUUUACAAGAAGGAGUGAUGCUGACUUUGCCAAUACUUUUAGUGCAUCAUGACAAGGAAAUAUGGGGCGAAGAUGCAUUGGAGUUCAAGCCAGAGCGAUUCAGUGAAGGUGUUUCAAAGGCAACAAAGGGCCAAAUGACGUUUUUCCCAUUUGGUGGGGGCCCUAGGAUAUGCAUUGGACUGAACUUCGCGAUGAUAGAAGCCAAGAUGGCUUUGGCUAUGAUUCUGCAGCGCUUCUCAUUUGAGCUAUCUCCUUCAUAUACACACUCUCCGCAGUCUGUAAUAACUAUGCAACCCCAGUAUGGUGCUCCUCUUAUAUUGCACAGAUUGUAAUAUUUUUCAGCUUUGGUCUCUACUUUCGUUCAAUAAUAGGCUAGAUUAAUCGGUUACAUGUAGUCUGUUUAUGUGGAACGAUUGAUGUUGGUGAAUUUUCUUAACCAGGCUUUGUCUGAUGUUCCUUAUAGUCAAUGCUGAAUAAUAUUUCAGAAUAUUGGAUGCUUUCUCA